AUGGCCCCGUCCGCCAUCCCAGCCGAAGCAACACCAACGCCGCAAUCCAAACAGCUGGUGCCGCAUUCCAAAGACGAUGCAUCAAAAGAAUUGACACCGCUUCAAGCGAUAUCCCAGGGCGUGUGUCUCCCCAGCGUCCCUCUCUUCUCCUCCUUUGAUAAACAACGCGCAUGGAUCCUCUCCCACAUGGCCGGCGCGUUCCGGGUCUUUGCCCGAAAAGGUCUCACCGAAGGCAUGAGCGGCCACAUCUCGGUGCGCGACCCGGAAAACCCGCACACCUUCUGGACCAACCCGCUCGGUAAGCACUUUGGCCUGCUCACAGCCGCCGACAUGGUGCUCGUCGACUACGACGGCAACGCCGUUGGCGGAAACCGCAGCAGGCCUGCCAACGCCGCUGGCUUCUUGAUUCACUCGGCUGUGCACAAGGCAAGGCCCGAUGUCAACGCUGCGUGCCACUGCCACGGUACCGCCGGUAAGGCUUGGAGUGCUUUUGCCAAGCCCCUUGAAAUGAUUAACCAGGACGUGUGCUACUUUUACGGCGAAGCACAUGCUGUGUACAAGGAUUUCGGGGGUAUUGUGUUUGAUGAGGCGGAGGGGAAGCGGUUAGCUGGUGCGCUGGGACCGAAGGGUAAGGGUCUGAUUUUAAGGAAUCAUGGGUUGCUGACUGUGGGUGAUACGGUUGAUGAGGCUGCUUAUUUGUAUACGCUCAUGGAGCGGUCGUGUGAGGUGCAGUUGCAGGUUGAGGCUGCGGCUGCCAAUGGCGUUCCCAAGGUUUAUGUCGAGGAUGCGGCGGCAGAGUAUACGUUUAAGAUGGGGAGUGAUCCUGAAGUUAUGUACUGGGAGUUUCAGCCGGAUCUGGAGUAUGAGUAUGAAUUGUGCAAUGGGGCAUUUAAGCAUCCUGAGUGUGAAGAGGUUAUUUGGAAGGGUUAUUAA